UGUCAGUGUGUCUUUGCUGUGUGUGUGUGUGUGUGUAUGCGGGAGAGAAAGCGAAACAGGUCGACACUCCUUCAGUACACCGUGAACCUGCACGGGAGGAAGCAGCCGUCUCCAGACUGAGAGAUAUUUCCACGUGAAGGUCACACUCCAGAGAGAAGGACCCUCACUAAAAGUUGCAAGGCUUUGAGUGAGAAUUCCUUUGAUCGUCUGCAGAGCUCCAGGCAAAAGUCUCCCAGGAUUCAGAGACUGAACAGCUCCAGCUGCCAUGACGGACACACCGGCCUGAGCUUCCCAGUGUCCCCCCCCCCCCCCCCCCCCCCUAUGACAGGGGAGGAUGGGUGAUGUGCCUGUGAAAUUCAGCGGACUCUCUCCUCCUCAUCCCAUCCUCUCAUGGAUCAUCCUGUCACGCCGAGCCCCUCUUGGAACUCUUCUCUCUCGGGCCUCCCCACAUCUUCAGCCUCGCUGCACCCUAAUAUCUCUAACGUGACCUCGCCGGUUGCAAGCAUCCGCGGCGAGGUCACUCUCAACCAGACCUUGGCGCUGUGCGCUAUGCUCAUCAUUGACGUGCUGGCGGUCGUGGGGAACUUGGCCGUGAUGAUUGUUAUCACCAAAACGCCGCAGCUGCGCAAGUUUGCCUUUGUGUUCCACCUGUGUCUGGUGGACCUGCUGGCAGCGCUGGUGUUGAUGCCCCUCGGGAUGCUCUCAGACCGAAUCCUGGCGGACGAGGCGCUGUGCCGGAGCUACCUCUGCUUGAGCGUGUGUCUGGUGAGCGCCGCUAUCCUCACCAUCUGUGCCAUCAACGUGGAGCGCUACUACUACAUCGUCCACCCCAUGCGUCACGAGGUGAAGAUGACGGUCGGGGUGGUGGGGAUGGUGCUGGUGGGAAUCUGGAUUAAAGCCGUCGUCAUGUCGGCGCUGCCUCUGCUGGGGUGGCUGCUGCAGGCCAACCAGACUGUGGGGACGCCUUCGGUUCUCAUCCGCGGUCAGAGUCACUGCUCCCUCCAUUGGGCGGGUGGCAGGACUACGAGGCUGCUUUUCAUGGUCUUCUUCACAUUCAUCUAUUUUCUGUGCCCCGUGCUGAUCAUCCUGGUGGUCUACUGCAACAUGUUCAAGGUGGCGCGGGUUGCGGCCAUGCAGCACGGGCCCCUCCACACUUGGAUGGACACGCCCCGGCGACGGUCCGAGUCCAUCAGCAGCCACUCCACCAUGGCGGCGAGCCUGGGUGGGACGGGUGCCCGCACCACCCCUCAGAGGACCUUCAGCGGCGGGAAGGCUGCGGUGGUGCUGGUCGCAGUUGGAGGACAGUUCCUCUGUUGCUGGCUGCCAUAUUUCUCCUUCCAUCUGUACUCGGCUGUGGUGUCGACCUCUCCCGCCUCGCUGGCCCAGCUGGAGGACGUGGUCACGUGGAUUGGCUAUUUCUGCUUCACCUCCAACCCUUUCUUCUAUGGCUGCCUGAACCGGCAGAUUCGCGAGCAGCUGGGCCGCCACCUGGCCUGCCUCUUCAAGCGGGCCGGGCCCAGCGAAGGAGAGCAGCUGCCCAGCCGUGAGGCCUCUAUUGAGGAGAACUUUUUACAGUUCCUUCAGGGCACUGGAUGCAAUCUGGAGCCCUGCGUCCCCCACAGCCGCGCCAGCGCAGAGGAGCCAGAGGCUGAGGGCGGUCGGGAAUCAGCUGUUCAGCAGAACGCGCCAGCUGACUUCCACAUCCCAGGGCAGAUCCUUGAGGAAGCUUCAGAGUUCAUACAGCGGCAACAGCUGAACAAUGAGCUGCUGCAUGUAUCAGAGAACUGCUGCAAAACUGUACCGCCACUGUAGCUGCCUCUCGUGUACCAUCUAAUUUGUCAUCUAUUAUCCAAUAAACGUAUGUCAUUUUCAUUGAUAUUUUCUGUAAGGUGUUGAAAUAGCUAACCAGCUGCAAAACAUGGGGGCUUUAAGCUGUGUGGCUUUUCACAGAAACACGAAGCAGAACAUAUUGUCAAAAUCACCUCACUCAUGUCCCCAAAAGUCAUGAAACGUUACAUGUUUUAGAGCCACAGUGUUUUCUGUCUGAUAUCAGUAGAAGGACAGUGAACCGUUGUUUAUCGCAAGUGUGACACGCAUCACAUUAACAUUUAAGAAGGGCUGAAUCUCAGCAAAAAGCAAAACCUCUGUUGAUGUCAGUUUUCAAAAUGUAUCGUUUUAAGACAAAUGCUCAGUUAGUUUUCGUGUGCAUUUAAUUUCAUUUGUUCCAUCAGACAUCAGAAUAUCUCAUUCCACUUGAAAUUAGUCGUAGUGCUCCACUGCGAUUCCACGAAAAGCCUUUUUUUCCUAUCUUUUCGUUUGUAGUACACCAGACCAAAUGUUCCCUCAUUUUUGUGUUUUGAGGUAUGAAGAAGCUCCCAAACCAUCAGUCCAAUUGUCAUUCAGCAUGUUCUCUAUUUAUUGCACUUUGACAUCCCCUCAUAACAACACGGAAUCAAUGCAAACAUGGGGCAUUUUCCCAGUCGAAAGCAAUUAUUAUUCAGACCUAUUUUUAAAACCGUCUUGAAAUAUUCAUUGUGUCAAACUUAAAAUUCUGAUGGUAUUUAUAAUAAACCUGAGAUGCCGCCACAUUCAAAGUAUUUUCCAUGAGCAUCAUUAUCAUGUUUAUCUGCUCUCAGUCUUGUGAUUAUCACCUCCUCACCAAAAUAAUCUCACAUUGCUACUCGUGAUUUCACCCCCCCCUCCACUCCAAGAAAAACAGUGUGACUGGUUUGAUAUCUAUGCCAGCUGUGGUGUUUGUGCUCUUUAACCUUUGUAAAAACAUCGGCCAGCGCCACGGUUAAACUGUCAAGUUUGUUAACACUUAAGGUGGACAGAUUCGGACAUCGGGACCCGUCCCCCUCAAGCGGUGAUGUCUGUGCUGUUUACAGGUAAACACGGGAGCCCUGUGGGUGCUUGUGUUUGUGCUCUAAACAACUAGGGUUGUUGUGGCUACACACACAGGUGAGACAAUGCUUACACAUGGCAAGCUUUGGCCUCAUUAAGCAACAAAUGGGAGACUCUGGUGAUACUCGCUCUGUUCUCAGGUGGAAAACAAACAGUUUGCACAAGUCACGCGAGUAGUGACAAACGUUCCAAAGAAAAUUACAACUUUUUUCUCUCUUUUUACACUUGCUCUUUCUUGCUGUGUUCAUCUAUUUUGGACUUCCUCAUACGGGAGUGUUGGCAUGAUCACAAGACCACCAACACAAGGCGUACAUGGGAAGGCUCAAAUUUUGCUGGGAGACAGAACAAAAAAAAGGACCCUUUGUAAGGAGGACACAUACGGAUCCUUAUUUUCAUGUGAUACGACUUUGUUGCUGACUGUUUUUCAAAUGGAGUCGUCAUGUCAUUUUGUUUCUUUUGCGUCACAGUGAUGGGUCCAUAUCGUGAUGCCAAAUUUUGAUCAAAUACAACAUUGAGCACAAGAAGAAAUCACUGACAUAAUCCUGAGUGACCUGCAGUAUUUAUCAUUUUUUAAUGUAUUUAUGUUAGUCAUUUUAUGCAACAAAGUAACCACGAUGUGCAGGGACAAGUGUGGUUUCAUCUGUUUAGAUGAUCUAAGAUCUUUCUCAUCGAGCCGAAAUUGAUGAUCACGUUGUAAUAAAAUCUGUGAUAUUUCGCACAGUCCGGGGUCAUUACAAAGCCCCUUAUGUUGAUUGAAUCAACCAUUCAAUCAGCUGGAUUUCCGUUACCGUAGCAGCAAAAUUGCCCCGACCAAUCUGAUUAAAUGCUUUAAGCUCUAUUUCUGCCACCAUCUGUUGAUUAUGCAGAGGGAGAAGUAAGCUGUUCUGAAGGUGAACGGCAGAUAAUAUUCUCUGCUGCGGAAAUGUUCAUGGACCCUCGUCAGCUACAAUUGUGUUUGUUGUAAGUCAUCAAUAAAAGGUUGGUUUCUCUUCUGUUUUCAUUCAUAUCUCAUUUCCCCCUUCUUUUUUUUUUACCUAAGUAGGUAUUUUGGAUUCUUUAUUAAUUAAGGUAUUUUUUCUCUUGUUAGGAUUUUCCUGUGUAUUAGAGACCCAUCAGUUGAAAUGAUUAAAAA